AUGAUAGCACAAUUUCAAUGUAAGGCUUCUAUGACUGCUAAAACAUUGACUGAAGUUUUGGAAGGAUGUGAAGAAAUGUUUAUCAGUACUUGCCGUUUGUUAAAAAUCAAAGUGAAUAAUUUUUUAAUUGAACAGGACUUAAUUAAUGAUCAACGAGCUAAAGAUCUUUUACAAGCAUUUGAUUUAGAUGAUGUUUUUACUGGACUACAAACGUUAGACAACCAAAUAUCAGCUCUAGAGGCUCAUUAUGGCUAUGUUAAUCCAGUGGAUAUUCCUCUUGGAUAUAGAAUGGAUCUUAGACUUGAUAAAGAAUCUGUUUUUUCAAGCCCAGAUAUUCUAGAAGCUAUUUUGAAUGAAACUAAAUCUCCGCAUGGUAUACUAGGCUCUUUCCUGGAUGGUCAAUAUGCUCAAAACCAUGAAUUUUUUUUACGAUAUCCACAUGCUCUAAGACUACAACUCUACUAUGAUGAACUUGAAAUAGUCAACCCGUUUGGGUCAAAAACGGGGGUUUAUAAGCCAGGGGAUUUUUAUUACACGAUACAAAAUCUACCUCCUCACAUAAAUUCUGAUUUAAACUCUAUUCAUGUUCUUCUGUUAUGUUCAGAUGUAGAUGCUAGAAAGUACGGCUUCAGUAGAAUACUUCAACCCUUUUUAAAUGAUCUUGAACUUCUAGAAAGUGAUGAUGGAUUAUUAGUACAAACAGAGAACGGUAAUUUUACACUUUGUGCUACUAUAGCUGCAUUUUGUGGUGAUGGUCUUGCAGUUUAUGAUGUUUUUAAUCUCUUAGGACCUUCUGCUUAUCAAUUUUGCCGUAUGUCUAUGUACUCUAGAGAUGAUUUACACGCCGGAUCUCUCGAAUUUGGUGAAGAAAGAACUACAGAGCUAUUUGAAGAGCAAUAUAACUAUUUAGAGUUAAAUAAUUUUUCUGCAGAGUCGAAAACCCAGACAGGUGUUCGUGGAAAGUGUUGUUUGAACAAAUCUAAAUAUUUGCAUAUCUCUUGCAACAAAAUGUUUGAUCCUAUGCAUGAUUUUCUUUGUGGAAUUUAUCCAAUGAUAAUUAAAUUAGUUUUGAAAGAAUACGUAAUAACCCAGAGGAAAUUUACUUGCUGUGACUUCAAUGGUAAAAUAACAUCGUUCAAUUGGGGUUAUUGUGAGAUAGUCAAUAAGCCUUCUGCGAAUUUCACCGACAACAUGCUUCGAAAAAAAGACCAUACAUUAAGUCAGAAAGCAAUGCAGACAUGGAGCUUAAUUCGAGCAUUGCCAUUUUUACUUUCUGACAAAAUUGAUAAUGACGAUAAAUAUAUGUAA